UUCAUUUAAUGCUUUUGUUGCACACACUUUGGCGGGUAUCAUACAAGCACAGACCAAACUCUAGAGAGAGAAAGAGAUAGAGUGAGCUUAAAUACCAUUCCGUACGAACGAACACUAUACUUACAACUCCAGAAUUCAGACACUGUACAAAAUACACGCAAAAAAAACUCAGAAACAGAAAAGGGCAACCGCUCUCAAAUCUCACUUUUUUUGAGAAAUCCCCCUAUCUCUCUCUCUUAAACCUCCAUAGCACUGCAUAGUAAAACGCCCCUGAUCACUAUAUUCUUCCGAUCCUUUCGAGCGAGAAAGAAUCAGACGUUGUGUACGGAAGCGAUUUUUUUGGUGUUUGGCCCUCCCUUUUUGUGUCAUGCAGGAACGGUGAAGUGGGGCUGGAAUGGCGUUGUACGGGGAUCAGCAGCAGGUGGAAUGGCCUCAGGAUUCGGGUUUGGAAGACUCUAUGCGGAGGUUGAGUUUAUGGGAGAGAGAAGUGUACCCGGAGAGGCCGGGUCUACCCGACUGCGCCUACUAUGUGCGAACCGGGUCGUGUGGAUACGGCGCCAAGUGCCGUUACAAUCACCCUCGGGAUCGUAGCAGCUCGUUGGGAGUGGGAGAGUAUCCUGAGCGAGUAGGGGAGCCUCCAUGCCAGUACUAUUUAAGAACAGGGACCUGUAAAUUUGGUAUGUCGUGCAAGUUUAACCACCCGAAAAAUGCUGGUGGCUCAUUGACAAGUGCACCUCUAAAUAGUUAUGGAUAUCCAUUACGACCGGGAGAGAAAGAGUGCUCCUAUUAUUUGAAAACGGGGCAAUGCAAAUUCGGUAUAACCUGUAAAUUUGAUCAUCCUCAAUCAGAUGGAACAUCUGUGUCAGCAUCUGCACGUCCAUUUUAUCCGACUGUGCAGUCUCUUUCUUCCCCUUCUCAUGAGCAAUAUGACAGCACAACAUCCAGCUACAGGGUUGCAAGGCCUUCUUUGUUACCUGGUUCAUAUGUCGCUGGUGCUUAUGGUCCCAUGCUACUCCCUGGAGUUGUUCCCAUUCCAAACUGGAACCCACACUCAGGACCAGUUAGCCCCGCACCAUCACCGGGUGGUCAAGGAUCAGUUGGAGCAACUUCAGUGUAUGGACUGUCACAACUAGGUUCUUCUCCCCCUGCCUUUGUCGGAGCUUAUUCCCAUUUACCGUCAUCUGCUGGCCCUUCAGGCAGUAUAGUACAUGAACAAAAGUUUCCAGAAAGACCCGGCCAGCCAGAGUGCAAGUACUACAUGAGAACUGGAGACUGUAAAUACGGAUCAUCUUGUAGGUAUAAUCAUACGCCGGAUUGGGCUGUUGCAAAGUCUAGUUGUGGUCUUAGCCCUUUAGGGCUGCCUCUUCGUCCGGGGGUGCAGGCCUGCUCUUUUUACAUGCAGAAAGGCCAGUGCAAGUUCGGACGAACAUGCAAAUACGACCACCCCAUAGCAACUCUGAAAUACAGUCCGGCUUCAUCUUAUACUGAAAUGCCAGGUACUCGUUACAGGCCUGGGCUAACUGCUGCUACGACUUUGUUACCAUCUUAUUCAUUUCAAGAGGUGCAGGGUGAACGCAUUGCAGGGUCUAGCGUCGAGCCUGGCAUAAACAGGGUGUGGCAUUCUGGAAACUCUUCCAGUGAUUCCGCAAACCUAAUGCUUUAGCAUAGAUGGUUUCUGAUUCAUGAAAAUCAACGUCUGAUUCUCAAGGUGGAGAAUCUCCACCACCAAGUAUGAAUAUGAGCAGAAUAAAAGAUGGUAAAAAUUAAGUGCAGUUUUCCAUGUGAUGUAUAUAUUUAUAUAUGCCCUUGUUACAUAUCAUCUAGGCUUGAGACAUUUUUAAGCCUCAUUCAACAUUUAUUGCUAGGUUGAUAGCAUGUUGAUUGGAUUCUUGUUAUGGUAUGUGUAUUUUACAUUGUAAGUUAUUGGAAGUGUUUGGCUUAUCAAAUGUUUGUUGUUUUUGGAUUAA